UAGCGAUUUUCUAGCCUCUGAAAAAUGCACUCAGUCUCCUGCAACAGCAAUCUCACACAAAUGGCGUCUUUCCAGUGCGUCGCACCUAACAGCUGAUUCUCCCGUGUGCAGGAUUUCAAGGGUUAGGUGAGACUCAAAUGUCCGAUUUUGUCUCAGAACUGAAUUCAUCCAUGGUGCAAGGAAGUAGCCACCGUUUGCACUGCAGCUCAUGUAAAACCUGCCAUAAUGCCACUUAAAUAGACAACGUUAGCUAGCUUACUGAGCUAGCUAGCGACUGCUGGCUGGCAAAGAAGCUGUUUACCUCAACCAGGUCUCCAAUCCAGGAAGAAGACAGCUAGUCAGCGCACCAAGGAAGUUAAAAUUUCAAGUUAGCAGCUAACUGUAUUAACUGGGGCGUCCGAGAUCACUCGAGGCAAGGUCACUGGGGGUCUUGUUCUUUUGUCACAUCACAGGGAUUUGCUUGGAGAUGCAGUCUUUGGCAGCAUCCAUUGUCUUUGCUUCAGUGAGAGGUUGGAAGAAUGUGGUCAGGAUUCUAUUUAUGAAUGUCCAGUUGGAAACAACAUAUGCAGGCAUCCAGAUGACUAAAAUGUCCAGCUCCUCACCUGGGAAAAUGACCACAGCCCGAUACCGGCCCACCUGGGAUCUGGCCCUGGACCCCUUGGUGUCCUGUAAGCUCUGCCUGGGAGAGUUCCCCCUGGAACAGAUGACCACCAUCACACAGUGCCAAUGUGUGUUCUGUACACUGUGCCUGAAGCAGUAUGUGGAACUUCUGAUCAAAGAGGGCCUUGAAACUGCAAUUAGCUGUCCAGAUUCUGCCUGUCCAAAACGGGGACAUCUGCAGGAAAAUGAGAUUGAGUUUAUGGUCGCUACAGAGAUCAUGCAGAGGUACAGGAAGCUGCAGUUUGAGAGGGAGGUGCUGCUGGACCCUUGCCGGACCUGGUGCCCGUCCUCGACGUGCCAGGCAGUGUGCCAGCUGAAGGAGUCGGACGUGCCGCUUCCCCAGCUGGUCCAGUGCUCCGUCUGCAUGCUGGAGUUCUGCUCGGCCUGCAAGGCCAGCUGGCACCCCGACCAGGCCUGCCAGGAGAACCUGCCCAUCACCUCCUUCCUGCCCGGGGAGACCAGCUCCUUCUACAAGAGUGAUGAGGACGACGCUCCCAUUAAGCGCUGUCCUAAGUGUAAAGUUUACAUCGAACGAGACGAGGGUUGUGCCCAGAUGAUGUGCAAGAACUGCAAGCAUGCCUUCUGCUGGUACUGCCUUGAAUCACUCGAUGACGACUUCCUGCUGAUCCACUACGACAAAGGGCCGUGCCGCAACAAACUAGGCCACUCCAGGGCCUCAGUCAUCUGGCACAGAACGCAGGUGGUCGGCAUCUUCGCUGGGUUUGGGUUGCUCCUGCUGGUGGCGUCCCCCUUCCUCCUGCUGGCCACGCCCUUCGUGCUGUGCUGCAAGUGCAAAUGCAGCAAAGGCGAUGACGACCCACUGCCCACCUAACCAUCGGCCCUCCCCCCCAGCGUCACCCCUGACCCCAUCCCACAUGUUACUAUUACCCCCCUCCAUUUUUCCUCCUUUUGGUUUCCCUUUCGCUCCAGCUUUUGAGCGUAUUCAUCUCCAGAGGCAGGUGGAGGAGGGACAGAAGGAGAGAGAGAAAGAGAGAGAUGCUGCCUUUGAGAGCCCAGUGAGAGAAGAGGAUUCAGAGAGCAAGAGAGGGCUGCAGUCAUAUGGUCCAGGCCUCUGCUAGGAUGGAGCGCGGGCCUCCAUACCCCUUCGCUGGACCGGCUGUGGGAGCGACUCGGAAUGGCCCAGUUGGGCGUCUGUUUAGGAGCCCCGCUGUAGCCACUUCCUGGACUGAGCUGCAGGAUGUGGUUGGCUGGCUGGUUCAUUCGUUGUUCAGUUGGCUGGUUUGUCAUGUGAGUUGGGGGAGGAUGUUCUGGAGUCCUCCCCCCUCACCACGCACACACACACAUACACGCACACACCAUUUUCUCAUCUGUGUGCUUUCUUUGUGUUCUUCAUGUGAUGGUGUUGGCCAUCAAGAGAGUCUGCUCCACAGGACUCCUGGUGAGGUUGGUCAGUCUUUCAUUCUCACCGGUGGGAGACUCUGCUCUGGUCUCACAUCCUUAAUGUAGCUCCUCACUCAGCGCUGGGGCAUGGCCGGACCGAGUUUCAAAGUGAAAAACAAAACUCGCUCUGUUGCACAUAAACUUUCGUCUUUCGUCACUUUAAGGGCGGAGCGAGUGUGAGCGGGAGACUCAGGAGUGCUCACCUGUACAGCACACGGAGUGCCGUCACCUCAGUUCAAUUGCUUUAUUCUGUCCUAUAGAUGAAUUAUAAGCUGUUUUUGUAUGUACAUGGUGAAUUGAAAUUGUGAUGUCACAACGCUUAUUUCAUAUGUCCUCUUCCCAGUCGGGUGAGGCAGUUGUUUUCGUUGGAUGAGCCCACUUUAGAAUUGAGACGAGGCUCGAGGAAAGCUUUACUAACUUUUGCUUAAAAUACCCUCUUCUCUCCAAACAAAAAACAAGGUCUGGAAACCGCUUUGAAUUUUGAAACUUUUUUUCAACUGAAAAAAAUGUUGAAUGUCUGGUUUGUUUGUUGAUUUGCCCAUUUCUUAGUUCAGGCUGUUGACAGUCAUCUCUGCCGAAGCAGAGCUUUUCCCAACAACAUGUUAGCUUCUCCUUACGACAAUGUUCAAAUUCAGAUUUUCACUCUAUCCUGUUUCAGUAUAGACAAAUAACCAUAUUGUUCUGUUUGUGGCAUGGUAUUGUCCCAACUGUAUCUAUAUCCAAAUACCUGUAUCCUAUAUUACUCCUGUAAAUUGACCACUGGUUGCAAACUUGCAUAGUGUAUUUUAAAAAUUGAAUCAAAACAUGGUAAUGGAAGGGCAAGUGAGCAUUUCAAAAGGGCACUUAUAGCUAAAUCUGACAGGGGCACCAAAUGUAGAAAAUCCAGACUGUUCACUUUUCAGAACACGUAUCAUUUUGGUCCUGCACCCUAUCUAUGCAAGUUUGUACCUCUCAACACUAUACACCAAGUACACAUGGUAGUGAAUGUGUGAUUCAAUAAUGUGUGUGGUUCAGUAUAUGUGUUCUCUAAGAUACCGACCAACCUUGUGCCAUUGUGUCAUGCCACUUUAGCGAUGAGAAAGUGGCCAGGCUGCAGCAGUGAUUGGACAGGGCGGUGAGCCGCACCGUCCUUUAUCACUUUAUUGUAGCCAGAACACAUGCACCCACCAGGGCUUUGUCUGUAAAGAAAGUCUGUCCAAACGGUUUUAUGCAUGUUUGGUUAUGUGCAGUUAUUCGCAGCUCUGGUUUGUCCACAGGGAAUCUGUGAGAUUUGUUUGUUUGACACUUGUAGCUCUGGAACGUGCCACCCUUAAUAUCCUUUUGUGUUGAUGGACUACACCUAUAAAAUAAUCACAUUGCACACAACCACAACCCCCCCCCCCCCCCCCCCCCAAGUCUUUUCUUAAUGGUGUUUUCUAUUUUCUUUUAUAUCUGGGUACAUAGUUUGGUCAUUUUCUUCAUGUAGCAAGGAGAGGUGUUCUCUCUCCUCUCCGCACUACAAGUCUUCACACAAUUUACGCAAAUGCCUUUAGCCUUACGUUAAAGCAUUUAAGCAUUUUACUCAUGUAGCCUUCGAUCCAAACUCUUUAUAUUUCUGCUCCAAGCACAAUCUUUAUUGUGAGAUGCUUUUGUUUGACCCAUCAAGUCUCCUUUUUGUUCAUUUUGGAUCAAAAGAUUUGUCAUUUGUUCAUUUUAAGGUGGCUAUUUUGAACCCAAUCAAUGUAUGACAAUCGUGCCAAGUGGGUUUCUGAGCUGACAGUGAUAACAAAAAAAAGCAGAAUGUGUAGAGCUUUACUGAGAGGGCAGCAUUACAGUAUGUACGGUUUUGACUCUCUCCUUACGAGGUUUUGUUUUUAAAAGAUCUCUUUUUGAGUAUGUAAAUAUAUUCUUUCUUUAACUAUUCAUCUGUGGGGGGGGGGUUAAUUUGAGAAAACUUGUAAUGAUGUCUACAUCUCUGGGAUUCAUUUUAUGGAAAGAAACGUUUAAACCUGUCUUGGUCUUUCCUUUGUUUCUUUUUCAGGGUUGGGUGGGGAUGUUUGGUUAUAUGACCUGUUAGGCUAUUAGACAUGCUACACUCUAAGGUUUGUGGUGUUUAUAUGUGCGUUGCACACUUCUCCAGAACAACGCUUCUGCUUGACUUGGGUGUGCUCCAAGAUAUAACAAUAUGUAGCAAAAAGAGGCCAAAAAUAUUUCCGUAAUCUACAGAAAAAGCAAAUGAAUUUGCACAAAGAAAAAAAUUGUAUUGCUUGAAAGCUUUUUAUUCAGUCCAGUCCUCGCCCAUGGCUUUGUGUUGGGUCUUUGGGGCUAUGUUCUUGUGUUUGGAGUCAUGCUUUAGAAAGUGUUCCGGUCCACAAUCUGCUCCUCUUUCCUCCCAGCACUCUCUUGAGGGUCUUGAGGGUCGUGAUUGCCAUCACAGGUCCCAGGCAAUCAUUGUGACAAGUGCUUAAAGACAUAUCUCCAUGUAAGGUUUUUGGCCGUGCAGUCCUCUUUUCGUCCUGAAAACUAAGUUUGCCUUUCAUACAUCUCUAGAUUGCCUUUAUGUUGUUUUUUGGAUUUGUUCUUUUUUAUACAAAAGAAUUAAAGGAAAAUAUCCUGUUUUAUUUGUAUUUUCCUUGUAAAUGGGAAAGAUUCCGACUUGUUCAUAAGUUGUAACCUUGUACAUUGGCAUGUGUGGAUGGUCUUGUUCAAUGACUAAAAUAUUGUUUUUUUUCCACCUGAGGAGAAAAAAAGUACUUGUAUGUAUCUACUGUGCCACUAACACUGUGAAAUUAAAGCAGUUUAAAUGUUGA